AAAAAUAAAAUUAAAAAAUCCAAUAGGUAACGGAGCGAUGUAUUUAGGAGACGAAAUCGUCCGAAGUGGGGAGAGCAGUAGAACGAUCUAAGAGGAGAAAGGGAAGGCAAAUGAAAUGGGGAGGAUGAAAAGGAAAGCGUGGAACGUGGGAGACGGAAAUGGAGGGAAGAUUGGACCCGCCAUGGCAAUCGGCAUCGGCUGUGGUGUAGGGGUUGGAUUCGGUCUCAUCGGGGGUCUAGGUGUUGGAGUGCCAGGGCUGCAUCUUGGAUUUGGUGUUGGUGCUGGAUGUGGUGUGGGACUUGGGUUUGGUUAUGGAAUAGGGAGGGGUUGGGCUUCUGACAAUGUUCGUAAUCUUUUUGGAAAGCAAGGAAACGUUUCUUAUGGGGAUCGAAUUGAAGAUGUAUUGAAUGAUCUCAUUUUUUCCUCAAGAAAAGCUUUAGAAGCUGUCGAAAAAGAGAUAAAGUCGAGGAGAAGAUGACUUGGUUAAAGACAAUAGCAAAUGUUAAAUGUUGUGUAAUAUUUCUUGUUAACAAAUAUAUACAUAUACAGAGAGAGAAUUACAUUCAAAUUGUUUUGUUAAAAUGUUCUAAAUAUUCUUGCCAAAAUAUUGAUAUGAAAAUGUACAAUUUUUUAUGGGCUGA